UGCAGGACUUGCAAAAGAAAAGCUCUCGCUCUUAUAUUUCCUAGUGCUUUGCCUCGUUCCCCGUGAAGCCGCCUUCAUCAUAUUGCGUCUUGCCCGGGCAUCUGCACUUUCAUUAGCAUUCAAAGGUACUACUAGCCCGUGUGCACCGCUCUCAUUCAUUCCGUUGCUCUGAGGGAGCCCAGGCAGAGAGACACCAUGACGAGCACAGGUGCGCCGCAGGACCAAACGCCCACUCCGCAGCAGCUCUCGGAGCUCAGGCAAAAGUACACCCUCGCCGGCCAGGGCCAUGUGUUUACCUUCUACGACUCUCUGUCCGCCGCUGAGCAGGCCUCGCUGUACGGGCAGCUGACGCUGUUCGACCCCACCUACAUCAACACCAUCGCCGCCAAAGCACUCGCCCCGCCCGCGGCUGCGGAUGGUUCCGCGGCCCAGCCAUCGCUCGAGCCGCUCCCGGACUCGGCCCGCGCGAGCAUCAUGGACUCCAGGCCCGAGGACAUCGACCGCUGGUACUCGGAAGGCCUCGACCUGAUCGCCGCGAACAAGGUCGGCGUGGUCCUCAUGGCCGGCGGUCAGGGCACCCGGCUGGGCAGCUCCGCGCCCAAGGGCUGCUUCGACAUCGGCUUGCCGUCGGGCAAAUCCCUGUUCCAGAUCCAGGCCGAGCGCAUCCGCAAGAUCGAGGAGCUGGCGGCCAAGAAUGCCGGCUCGGGCCGGAGCGUCACCGUGCCCUGGUAUGUGAUGACGUCCGGCCCGACGCGCGAACCGACCGAGCAGUACUUCAAGGAGCACAACUAUUUCGGGCUGAAGCCUGAGAACGUCUUUAUCUUUGAACAAGGGGUUCUCCCCUGCAUCUCCAACGACGGCAAGAUCCUGCUCGAGAGCAGGAGCAAGGUGGCGGUGGCGCCCGACGGCAACGGCGGCAUCUACAACGCGCUGGUCGAGUGCAAGGUGCUGGACGACAUGAAGAGGCGCGGCAUUGAGCACGUCCAUGCCUACUGCGUGGACAACUGCCUCGUCAAGGUGGCCGACCCGGUCUUCAUCGGCUUCUCCGCCUCGGCGAAGGUCGACAUUGCCACCAAAGUUGUGCGCAAGCGCAACGCCACCGAGAGCGUCGGUCUGAUCGUCUGCAAGAACGGCCGCCCCGACGUGGUCGAGUACAGCGAGAUCGACCCGGCGGUUGCCGCCGAGGAAGAUCCCAAGCAGCCCGGCGUGCUCAAGUUCCGGGCCGCAAACAUCGUCAACCACUACUACUCGUUCCGCUUCCUUGAGACCAUUCCGCAGUGGGCCAAGACGCUCCCCCACCACGUGGCCCGGAAGAAGAUCCCCUAUGCCGACCUUGAGACCGGCGAGACGGUCAAGCCGACCAAGCCCAACGGAAUCAAGCUUGAGCAGUUCGUCUUCGACGUCUUCCCCAUGCUGCCCUUGAGCAAAUUCGCGUGCAUGGAGGUCCGCCGCGAGGACGAGUUCAGCCCGCUCAAGAAUGCUCGCGGCACAGGCGAGGACGACCCCGACACGAGCAAGUACGACAUCAUGGCCCAGGGUAAGCGCUGGGUGCAAGCGGCCGGCGCGAAUGUGGUCAGCGAGGACCCCAAGGCCGGCAUCGAAGUGAGCCCGCUGAUGAGCUACGGUGGUGAGGGUCUUGAGAAGCUUCUCAAUAAAACCAUUGUCGCCCCUGCCGCCAUCGAAGUUGAAUAGGGCAUCAAGUAUCAAUGGGCGCAUUGGACCGGCGUCGACAUACGUCAGGCUUGCCGGGGGCGCAUCAUGGCAGAUACGCAGGAUAUUGCGACAGGGGGGGAAAGCAUGGGAGGGGUGUAGGCCGGAAGCGUUUGUCUCCCCCGAUGUGUUGUCUGCCUCCGUCAGGUCUGGAGCAUAAGACCCAUCAUUGUGGUGUUAUAGCACGGCGCUAGAUCUCAGAAUUGGGUAAGGCCCCUCAACAGAGGGUGGGCUUCAAGGUCGCCCUUAGUCGGGUCUUCUUGCAUUAGUAAUAACAUCCUCGAGUAUCUCUGAAUAGAAAAGGCACGUAUUGCUCUCUGGCUCGCUCG